AUGGCAACAACCGAGAUCACGAACGGCAACAGACCCAUCCGCUUUCUCAUCUGGGGUGGUGAUGGAUGGGUUGCGGGCCACCUAAAGGCGUUGCUAGAGAGGCAGGGGAAGGAGGUAUAUUCAACCACCAUCCGUAUGGAGGACCGGGAGGCUGUCGUAGCGGAGCUCGAUAGAGUGAAUCCGACAUACGUGCUGAACGCAGCGGGCUGUACCGGACGACCCAACGUGGACUGGUGUGAAGACAACAAGGAGGCCACCAUGAGGUCCAAUGUCGUGGGGACACUCAACUUGACGGACUGCUGCUUUACAAGAGGCAUCCACAUCACCGUGUUUGCGACGGGCUGUAUCUAUCAGUACGACGAUGCUCAUCCAUGGGAUGGCCCUGGCUUUCUGGAGACGGACCCGGCCAAUUUUGCGGGCAGUUUCUAUUCCAUGACCAAGGCCCACGUCGAGGAGGUAAUGAAACAUUACAACAACUGCCUCAUCUUGCGUCUGCGAAUGCCUGUAUCGGACGACCUUCACCCGCGAAAUUUUGUGACCAAGAUCUCUCAGUACGAGAGGGUGGUGGACAUACCCAACAGCAAUACCAUUUUGACGGACCUUUUGCCAGCUUCAAUCUUACUGGCCGAGCACGGGGAGGUGGGCAUUUAUAACUUCACCAACCCCGGGGCCAUCUCGCACAACGAGGUCUUGACCUUGUUUCAGGAUAUCGUGCGACCCUCGUUUACAUGGAAGAACUUUAGCCUGGAGGAACAAGCCAAAGUGAUCAAGGCUGGUCGCAGCAACUGCAAACUGGAUACAACCAAGCUAACAAGCAAGUUGAUGGAAUACGGCUAUGAAAUACCCGAAGUCCACGAGGCGUAUAGGAGGUGUUUUGAGCGGAUGAAGGCAGCGGGGAUUCGGAAACUCCCGUCCGGAGAUGUUCUUGAGGACUUGGUUUCGGCGUGA